AUGAGACCUCCUAUUCCUGUUUUAUCCGAUUAUGGAAUCUCACCAGACCAUGGCUUCUUACCGGAUGUCUUACCUCUCACGAGGCUUCCAGACCCCUAUUAUAACAAAUGGGAGUCAAUUGGAGCCAACCUUCAGAAUUUGAUUCUAAGCAAACGUCUCCGAGGUGUUAUUGACCGUCUUCCCGUCCUCUCCACCAUUGGUCUGGAACAUGACGCAGAAUGGAGGAGAGCCUACAUGCUUCUUACUUUUUUCGCUCAUGGGUACAUUUGGGGAGGUGACACUCCCUGCGAUCGGGUACCACCGAGCAUUUCCGCUCCGCUGCUGCAGAUUUGUGAGCACCUUGAGGUUCCACCAGUAUCCACUUACGCGGCCUCCGUGUUGUGGAACUUCAAGCCACUCUUUGUUGAUGAGGAUAUUGACGAUCUCGAUAAUCUCGCCACAUUGGUUACUUUCACUGGAUCGCUAGAUGAGUCUUGGUUCUACCUAGUCUCGGUCGCCAUCGAGGCUCGCGGUGGACCCAUCAUCCCUUUAAUGUUGACGGCCGUUGCCGCCGCUCGACAAGGCGAUAGUGCAACCGUGACACGUUGCCUACGCGCCUUUGCUGAGCGCCUCGACGACCUCGGUGAAUUAUUGCGCCGGAUGCAUGAGAGCUGUGACCCUGGAUUCUUCUAUCGUCGUAUUCGUACUUUCCUUGCUGGAAGUAAGAAUAUGGCCGAAGCUGGCUUGCCAAAUGGUGUCGUUUAUGAUGAUGGUUCGGGCAAGUCCCAAUACGUUCAGUAUAGUGGACCCAGCAACGCUCAAAGUAGUCUCAUUCAGUUCUUUGACGUCAUUCUAGGCGUUGAGCAUCGACCCACUGGUGAGAAGGCAGACCCUUCGUCUGAGUCGGAGCGUGAGGGACGCAGUCGGGUUCCGAAACACAACUUUAUUCGGGAUAUGCGACGUUACAUGCCUGGACCACAUGCGCGUUUCCUGAAUGACGUCGGAGCCGUGGCUAAUAUCCGCGAAUUCGUCGAAAGUCGUGCCGCUACCGACCGCUCUCUGAGUAUCGCAUACGACGCGUGCCUUGCUAUGCUCCGCGCGUUCCGUGAUAUUCAUAUUGCUAUUGUCACUCGCUACAUCAUCUUACCCUCUCGGGAGAAUCGAGCACGUAGCCGUUCUCGUAGCCCCGAAGCUGUCAAGAAUCGACAAAAUCUAGCGACCGCGUCCCAAAAUGAGAAGCAUAAGAAGGUGAAGGGUACCGGUGGAACCGCCUUAAUCCCAUUUCUCAAGCAGGCUCGUGAUGAGACUGGCGAACCGUCGGUGGAAACUUGGGCCAAGCGAUUUAUGAGUCGACAGACUAAAGUUUCUGGUCAAGGUGACUUCUUCCUUGGGAAAGAUGAGAAGUCGGAUAUGUUGGAUGAACCGGUCAUUGAGCACGGCCUUGCAGGAACUUGGACGAUGGAUGAUGAGUAUGGUGGUAUUUGCAAUUACUGA